AUGGUUGCAGAAGUUAGUAGAUUAGAGGCUGAGACAUUUCAGAUUCCAGAUCAAGUUGAGAAGUACGUUACAGAGAGUAAAUGUACAAUGGUGGUGGAAGACACUCAAAUCAAGCAGGAUGUACUAAAGAGGGAAGAAAUAAAAGAAUGUAAGAAGGAGCGACCAAAGAUUGUGAUACCCCCUCUUUUUCCUGGAAGGUUGAGAGAACCGAUUAAAGAAGAGGUUAAGCCAGAUAAUGUGGAGAUUCCUUCUAAAGAGAAUGUUCUAGUAGACACCACACAGGCGCAUGAUGAAGAAAGUGUUGAAGAUGCAGAGGCAGAAGAAGCAAUGGAAAAGGCUUUGGAAAAUAUUGAUAAGGAAAGUGUUGUUGCUAUGUAUAAUUGUCCUACUUAUGCAAUGUUUUCAUCUCUUUUAGAGAGGUUUUUGGAGCCAAAGGAGGAAGAGAAUGAGAAAGAAGCCUUAGAGAGCUCUUUCGAAGGUAAUGAGAUUAUUUCGGUUCAACUUGGUGAAUUUAAUUCGAGUAACUUACCUUGUUCUACAUUUGACUUGUUAAAACAUGAGCCUUUAUCUAAAAGCAAUGUGGCUAUAAAUAUUGUUGACGAGUCUCUUGAAUUUCCUACUUGUAUGUUUGAGAAAUCUAUAAUGAAAAGUGGUCAUUUGUUUUGCCUGUUACUUUUGAUGUGA